AGCCGGUUCACAUCGACCAAAGACGGAGUCGAACAUCACGCCGAUCGGAGCCGACCUAUCGCGCAGCGAGCGGAAGAAUGGGUGGCGCUUUCUGUCGCAUUUGCUGCAACCGACCGUCGGAGAGUGGCGAUGCCUUGGAUUCCCUCAACAAAUCUUGGCCUGAAAAGCAGACUGAGGAUUUUGUGAAACUGGCGGCAUCGUGCCGAGAUCGCAACUACGUGAACUUCAUGAUGUGUAUGACUUUCUCUGGCUUUCCGAAGCUGAACCCUGGCGAGCGACAGAUACCAUUUGAAGUGCAAAAGUCGCCCAUCGUUGAAGGACUUGGCUUAUUGGAGCACAGCCAAAGCAAUACCCCAGAGACCAUGAAGCAGGUUGCUCAGAUCUUGAGCAGCAGCAAAUCUGUCAUUGUUGGCUCUGUACGGAUGGGAUAUGGUCACCAUCGCAUCGCUUACUCAGCCCUGACUUGGGCAUUGGAACUUGGAGGGAAGCCCUUCCUAUUGGAUAUCCUUUCUCCUGACUGUGUGGAAGCUGCAGUGGUGCGCAACAUGGACAAGCGCCAUGUCU